AUGAGGAUAUCCCUAAAAGAAGUGGAACCUAUCUGCAAAUCUUUAAAAAAUGGAAAAUAUCCUGGGCCAGGUGAUAUACCGACGGAAUUAAUAACAGCGGGAACAAACAUGCUAUACCAACACUUUAGGAAGCUAUUUGAGAACUGUCUAAAUGGGGAUAGGGUAUCAAGUGAGUGGAAAAAAUCAGUAAUAUCAACAAUCCACAAAAAAGGUAGCAGAGAUCAGUCCGAAAAUUAUACAGGCAUAGCUAUAACAAGUACAGGAAUCAGAAUCUACGGGAAAAUUUUGAAAGACAAAAUAGAACUGGAGUACAUGGAUGUGGAGGCAGAAGAACAAGCGGGAUUUAGAGCAGGCAGGUCGACAGUAGACCAUUUAUACUGCGUCACUCAAAUUAUAGAGAAAAAAUUAGCGUUUGAUUAA